GUCAUCUUAAGACUAAGAUAUACUUGGUUAACGUCUUGAAUGAAUUUAUUCGCUGCUGGUAAGGGAGAAAUCGGUGAACUGAUCGAAUUUGAAGCAAUCAACCAGUCAAAAACAAUCGGUUUCAAUGAAAAACUUUCCUUAACGUCUUUGCCAAACGAAAUACUACAUGAGAUCAUUUUCCAUUUAACCUACAAAACCAUUGAUUUUACCCAGAACCGAUUCAGAUCAGAUAUUCCCCAGUAUUUGUUCAGCAAUAACCGCUACAAGUAUGGGGUUGCCGAAGUGUAUGAUGACUUGAUUUCUUUAUCUAGUACUUGCGUAUAUUUUCGGGUCAAAUUAGCACCAAUUCUUUUUGAAUAUCUCAGUUUGGUUAGGUGUAAUGAAGUUGAUACUCUAUUGGAAAAUCCUGGGGGGUUUGAAAUGUUUUCGGAUGCCAAAACUUAUGAACGAAUGUUUAUGAAGGAAAUUUUGAACACUAAUUUUACUGAAUGUUCUAAAGCUGAUUUAGCAAAAUCAAGUUACAAACUGGGUGUUGUUGGUGAACGGUUUCCCAAAAGUAGAUAUCGUGAAUUGAUAUCCUGCUGUAAUUACGUAAAGACACUUGAAUGUGGUAACGAUGUCUUAAGAAGUGGUGAAGUUCGAUUAUUUCCUCGAAUUGAAUGUUUGAAAAUUUUGGAUAGAGCCGUCACUGAGUCCAAUUCAGUGCCAAUUGAUAUCGAUGCGUACAAUAAUCUCGAAUGUCUCAACAUGUUAUCAAUUAGUCUUAGUACUUUGAUUAAUGUACAUGGGGUUGUUAAUUUAUUAACAAAAAUCGAAAGAUUAAACCUAUUUUGCGAUUUCAAUCAGUUAGAGCCAAACUAUAGCUUUGACCAAUGCUGUGAAUUGGUGCAAGAGCUAUUCAGCCAUAAGAAAGCGAACAGACUCAAAGAAUUGAAUCUUUACGUCAAUGAAUCUUGUUGUUUGAUAUAUGAAAGUGUUCUAACAGUUUUAGAAUCAUUUCAAUCGCAUUUCAUUAAUUUGACUAAUUUUAAUAUACGGAUGGCUGAUAGAAGAAGCGGAGUUUUAGAUACAAGAACUGGCUGGACCAUAUGUGAUUCCAAAACCUACCAAGCAAGAUUUAAGAGUUUAUUUACAGGACUUUCACAAAUGCCAAAAUUGAAACAUUUUGGAUUUGAUAUAAAACUCCUUUCACCUUUAUCUGGGUAUUUAGAUCUGGAAAUGUUGAAUGAAUCAAUUCCGAGAAAAAAGGAGUCCUUUUCGUUAACUGUUGUUGAUAAAUUAGUAGACUCACUUAGUGGAGAAAACAUGGAUAUUGCAGAAUACAUUGUCAAAUGUUUUGGAGUCACCGACUUACAUUAUGAAUAUUCUCAGGUCAUGGAGAUUGCAAACUUAUACGCUUAUCACAAUGCUACAUCUUUUAUCAAUCAUAUUGCCUCCCCUCGUGACGAUCCUCAUGAACUAUACUUGAACAUUAACAAACUCAGUGUGGAGAAAGGCUGGAGUAUUAUACAAAAUGGAGAAAUUAGAAAUUUUUUCGAAAAACAACUUGAAAUAUACUUUACGAAAACUGCUAAUGAACUCUCUAGACAAUUAGCUAAAUCCAAUUUAGCAUCUGCAUCCACCUAUAAACUUCCUUCUUCCUUUUUUGGUGACCCAUUAUACAGAAAGAGAGAAUACCUUCAACUCACCUACGCUGCACCCUCCUCCAUUAAUACGCUUCCGGGGACUAUGCCUAGAAACUGGGACAUGACGGAACUUAAAAACUACGAUGAAAAUCAAACCUCCAUCGACUCUUCUACAUCGUUCUGGCUCAUAGAAUCCUCUCUCAAGGAAAUGGAACAGUAUUGUCUCAAUCGCAAGCCGUUGAGCAGUCUCUGGGCUUAGC